UACAAUUUGUUAGAAAAAUAUUGUCAUUGAUAAAACGGAUGCAAUUGCCCUGAAAAGUCACACAUAAAUACAAAACCUGUACAAAGUAACUUUAAAAUUUGUGUUGGUUCUGAAUAUACUGAAGAACCUCCUACAACUUCAUCUUCCAAUACUGAAAAAAUGCUAUCAACAUAAUUUGACACCAAUUUUACUACAAAACUUCCAAAACUUUGUUUUGGAAUCGAUCAAUACUUUUGAGAUAAAUUAAGUGAUACAAUUUAAAAAAAGAAAUUUUUUUCUUGGGUUUUGAUGAAAGUGUUAACAAAAUCACCCAGAAAGAUGAAUUCGAUAUCGGCCUCAGAUUUUGGAAACACAAAAGCCUCAAAAGGCUUAUGAUUUAGUGGAAGCUUUGGAAAAAUGUAGAAGAAAAUUGAUUUCACCUAUUUCAGUGAUGGACUAAAUGUUUAAAAUUACAAUUUCUUAAAGCUGACAAGAAUAUUUAGAUAUUAACAUCGAUAACAUGGUUAUUUAUCAAAAUAAAUAAAAUUGUACAAUUAAUAUCAUUCAUUCUGUUUUUCUUAAUCAAAUAUUGAAAAAUAUUUAAAUAUUGUAUAUAAUUAAAAUCUUGUUAUUAUCCGAUUCCUCAUAAUUGGAAAUUUCUUAACAACAUUUAAAUAAUAUUUAUUAACAAGUGUACCAAUAAAGUAAUUAAUGUAAAUGUAAUAAACCGGAAUUUUCGUUAGUUCGAAAGUGUCCUGAUGAUUCCGUCCUGGACUUUUUUUUUUUGAAAAACCCUGUAUAUAAUCCCACGGAAAAUCUUAAUAUAUCAGUGUGCCGUUUGUGAAUAACUAGCAUUAACAAUUAUUACAGAAGAGGGUAUUUCAUAAUUUUGUACUCCAAGUAUAAUGUUGAUAAUCAUUAAAUUUUUAUUGGAACAGAAUCUAGCUUUAAAUAGUCACCAGAUGGUGAUAGGAAUUCAUUUUACGUCCACUUUGUCAGUCGUAGACAACGGAAGGUGUAAAGUUAUUUAACCGAGGACAGACAGUUGAAUUUAGAUUAAAUUGAGUCUCAUAUAUUAGAACGUACUAACGAUAUUCUUAAAAGAUUAGCAUGCAAAAAUUAUUGAUUCAACCCACUUUAUACUGUCGUAUAUCACAUAUUUUCUCAGAUAAAUUUAUAUAUAUCCUUUUGCAUAUUGGAUGUCAUCACGAAAGUUAAACCAAUAGGACAAAAUGUAAGGGGGUCGUGGGAGUAAUAGUGCACCUCAUUUGUUAUUAUCCCUGGUAGUGUCUGACACCGAUAGAACGUAUUAUUAGGUUACUGAAACUGAAGGAAUUUUUGCCAUUUUGAAUAGAUCGUUGUACAGUAUUAGUUCAUUGAUAAAGUUCAACACCUUUACGAUUUGUUUGGGUGUGAAUAGAUAUACAGUAGGGUACGUAGAUCAUAUUUAAGAUAAUAUUUGUUAUAAAAUUAAACAAUUCUUUUGAUGUUGAGGAUUAGUUUCUUAUCAGUCAUUAUUCUUCUAUUAUUUUACAAAUCAAAUCAAAAUUGAAUGAUAUUAUACAGUGUGGAUCAUAUGCUACCUUUUAAAUUUGAUUACCUAUCAACUUUCCAUAUUAAAUUAAAAUUUGCAGAUGUUGCCAGCUGAAAUAAUGAUGACCAUGAUUUUCGGGACAUUAUGAUCUCAUUUUCAUCGAGAGGCAGUCCGCAGUCAUAUUUGUGCUAAGUAUUGAAGAAAUACGAGGUUUGAAAAUUAACACUUUAGUCUUUGAUUCGAAUCUCUGACGGCAUUUUCGUCUCAGUUGUUUGGAUAUUCUUGAUCCAUUGAAAAUACGUUUCUGUUGCAAUAUUUGAAUUUGUGAAAGAGAAAGAAUAACAAGGCAGUAGAUUCGACAAAGAGGGUGGCUAUGGUAGCACUAGAAUCUUUUUGGAUGCUACAAUCUGAGUCAUAUUUCAUUUUAUUUUUGCUCAUGUGAGCUUUGGUUGUUUUUAGAUCAUUUUUGUUAAAAUUUCUCUUUAAAGUCGAAAUUGAAUACUUUCUAAACAUAAUCGUACAGAAAUUUAUUGAUUAUUUUUCUGCGUAUUUUGCCAAUUAUUUUUUAGUUAUCAUGAUGGUAAAUGAAUCAGUACAGACAAGUAGAAAGAUGGAACAGAAAGCAUUUGAAGAACGUAGCAUCAAAGAAGGAUUAGAUUUAUGGAAAAAACAGAAGGAAUUUGAAUUAAGAAGAAAGAUACAAGAACAAAAAGAGAUCCGUAAUAUGAUGGAUACUUACUGGCCGUGGGGUAAAGGUACUGAUGCUAGACCGAGAGGUUUAAGAAAUAUUAGACUAGAUGAAUUAUUUCCGAAUAAAGAAUAUAUGAAUGCAAAACGUUAUGUUGGUGGAAGUUCAGAUAUUAAUAGACCAAUUGGAGGCGGGGGUGCACCGAUUUUUAGUAACGGAAAGAAAAUUACAAGAACAUGCGAAGAUCCAGUUCUUAGAUUUCAAUUCGGAAGUAAAGAUCUCAGGAGAUGCGUAGAUAAUACUCUUAGAUAUAAAACUAACAAAGAACAGCAGCAAGAAUAUAAGAAAGAAUUAGAUAAAUUAGUAGCAGAGAAAAAGCAAAAAGAAAAACAGGAGAAAACCGAUAAUAUACGUUUUCAUCAGGAACAAGGUUGGUCUGACGAAACCACACUGAAAAAUCUUGGAAAGGAAUCCACGAAACCCAAUUUCAAAAAAAUAAAUGGCAAUAAACCGAAUUACAUUUGUAAUAUAACAUCUUGUAAACCUUCUUUGAGGUUGGAUCCCAUAGCAUAUCCUAGAAGAAAUUUCAUUCCUGUUGGAAGAAACAGAAAACUCUCUCCCUUAUCUGAAAAUAAGGACGAAGGUGUAGAGUUGGUAACACUGUUAGCAAAAGACAGAAAUUAUCCACCAAAAAUUCCAUUGUGUAGUUCGGAUAUUACUUCAGAGAAGAAAAUGGGCAAUAUGAACCCAGGUAUAUGGAGUAGGGAAGGGUCUGCCUAUUUGAAAGUUUUGGCAGAGCAAAUGAUGUACAAAAAACAAAAAAUGAAGGAAAUGAAAAACAAGGAGGAUGAAAUUUGUAAGAAACACUUCUCAACUUGGACUGGAUUUUGGGGUAGACCUGGAAAUGGAGCACCACUACCAGAGAUCAGGAAACAUUGUUUGGACAAUAUGCUUUAUCCAAAAAUGACACCUAUACCUGUCCAUUGAUAGUAAUAAACGAUGCUAGGAAUAUUUUGAAAACAAGAAUAAACUGAUUACAGCAUUAUUUGAUGCAUGUUCACAAUACAUUAUAUAUAAUAUGUUAGAAAUAUAUAAAUU